CAGGAAAGCUUUGGAACGCAAGGGAAUUCUGGCCAAGUACCAUUGAUGUAGCAAACAGGGAUGCACAUGAACCCAGGAUUGGACAUGUCAAAUGAGAUGGCCCAACCGCUAAUAUAGAUCCGUGAUAUGCUGAAAGCAUGGAGCCCCUCUUGUUCCUGAACACUACGGAGCAUCCGAAUCUUCCAGAUCCACACCGUCCGUUAUCAUCGUCGAGUCUGCUGGAACGACACACCGAACUCAGCUGUUCCAAGUGCGAAUGUUCGGAACAAGGUCUCGAUCAUCCAAGGGCACCGUUACAUUGUACAUCAUUUGGACUCGGAAUGCAGGGAAGAUGCAUUCGUUCGCGACAAAAGCAGACACUCUCAGAAGCACUUCGUGUCAAUAAACACCAAUAUAUAUGCGGAAGCUACCAAGGUCGAUCAACACUUAUUGCAAUCGGCUCACGCCAGACUCCAGCGACCUCGGCAUCAGCGUCUGUAGCAUAUUGGGCCGGUGUCUCUUGCCACUCAUCCUCGUCUUCGAAAUCGAUGUCCGAAGAGCUGGGUGCUUCACAAUCGGGACACGCUGUGUCAAAAGUCCCUUUGGAUGUCUGGCAUCUAGUUACCGGUUGGCUUCAGCCCUUAGGCAUUCUUAAGCUAUCAAUGACAUCGAAAUGGCUGUAUGACAUACUCAUGAACGAUCGCUACAUAUGGAACCGUGAAGCGCGCCGGCUUAUGACACAGGAAUCCGUAUUGACUGCGCCCAUCCCUCUCGACGAAAUGUCAAUGAAAGAUCUCCGAAAUUUCUCACUCCAUCCAUAUCGCUUUCGUGCUAACUUGUUGCGCGGAACGAUCGAAGUCUCUCGCGAACGCGAAUCCCAAUUGGGCGGCCUUCCCUCACGGUACCUCAGGUGCCUUCCUGGUGGACGGUAUGUCGUUGGUCUAGGGAAGGCUAAAGGCAGCGCGUGCGAGCUGCUUUGCUGGGACCUGAAGGACACCAGCACCGAGAAAGUCUUGGAUCCCGUGGCACGUUUCACGCUGCCUUCAUCAGAUUCCGUUGGGCUCACGAUGUAGUCCGUCUGGAAUGUGUUCAGAAUUCUGAUGGUCCUGGUAUGAGAUUUGUCAAAGUUGGAGGCUUGGCCAUCCCGCAGAUAUUUGGUGAUGAGGAUCAAGGGUACAGAUAUGCAGGUCUAGGGUAUUUUGACGGAACAUAUGUCGUAAUCCCGUAUUGGCCUCGUUUCGUUGUCUGGGACUGGGCGAAUGAUGCUUGGUUCUCACUCGAUCUGGAUGCGGAUGUGUGUCUUAA